UGGGUCGGCGACUCGCGGCGGUCCAAAUCGGGCCGCGCCUGUAAGGCAAACAGGCGUAACUCGCCGGGAUUAUCUUCCAGAGUUGCGCGGCCUUCGUCUGGAUACUACACGAGGAAAAAGCGAAGGGGAGGGGGGGGGGGUCCAGCCAGGGUGUCGCGGCCUCGGUCGCAGCAACCCGAGGCAGUGUAACGGGCCGAACCAAGUCCCACUUCGAGUCUCUGCAGUGCAGCGCUCUGCCGGCGGGGCGGCCAACUGCGAAAUGUCCGCGCGCGAAACGUCCUCCGUCUAGCUCGCUUUAGCUUCGCCGCUUUGCCUGUGGCGCCCCACCAGUGCACCGUGCGAGCGCGCGCCGAUCGCGCAGUUUCUCAUACCCGGCGCGCGGUCCGCCGUCGUGACGGUACUGACGUAGUGACGGUGCUGGCGGGCUGGCCGAGGCUGGCCUAGGUCCCCGACUGCCGCCAGCACUGCCGCCAGCACUGCCGCCAGCGCGCUGGCGUCUUCCCCGAUGGCUGCUGCGACCGCCGCGGCCGUGGCGACGCCAGAGGACGAGCCCGUGUCCAUCGAGUGCCUGCCCGAGGAGCUGCUGCUGCACGUGUUCUCGCUGCUGCCGCUCGAGGACCUGGUGUGCCGGGCGGCCAGGGUGUGCGUCGACUGGCGGCGCCUGGCGUACGACGACUCGCUGUGGGCCGACGCCGAGCUGCGCUACACCCGGGACACGCAGGAUGACUUCGUGCAGGUGCUCCUCCGCGCGCCCUCGCUGCGCUACCUGGACUACUCCGGCUACACGUGCGACAUGCCCGAACCAGUGGCGGCGGCCCUCUGCAGCGGCGUGCAGCGCGUCCGCGAGCUCUACCUGCAGACCACCAACAAGAUCGACGGCGCCGUCAUCCAGCGGAUCCUGCUCCACUUCAAGGACCACCUCCAGACGCUCACGCUGUUCGUCAACUCGAACCUCGCCACCUGCACGCCGAAGACGACCGCGCAGCAGGGCUCCGACGGCGAGGCGGCUGCCAGCUCGGGCGGGGCGGCCGCCCAGCAGAGCCAGGACCUGGAGUUCCUGUCCGUGGUCGGGCAGCUGGCCGCGCUGCAGACGCUGGUCCUGAAGGGCGCGUGGCGCUGCCUGGCCAAGCACGCCGACGUGGGGCUGGGCUGCCCCGCACUGUGCCGCCUCGACAUCAGCGGCCUCAGCACCGACUUCUUCGACGAGCACGAGUGCCCCUUCUUCGUGGCCCUGCUGCGCCACAAGCGCGCCCUGCUGCAGGCCGUCAGCCUCAACGGCUGCUACAUCCACCCCAGCCUGCUCAUCGAGGUGUCCAAGCUGCAGGCGCUCAAGUCCAUCACCACGCCGCUGGCCACGCUGCACGUCAUCGAGCACAUCGAGAGCCUGGAGUCGCUGCACAUCCAGGGCGUGGGGCGCGGCGACGGCGUCACCAUCAUGCAGGAGGUGGCCGCCUUCAUGGCCACCUGCCCGCGCUUCGCCACCAUCAAGGAGCUCGUCCUGGAGGACCUGAGCGACUACAGCAACUUCAUGGCGCCGGCGCUGGCGGCGAGCUGCGGCAGCCUGGAGACGCUCAUCGUGUCGCCGGGGACGUGGCUGGACGCGCACGGCCUGGCCGAGCUGACGCGCAGCCUGCGGUCGCUACGCCACCUGGCGGUGCGCGGCAGCACCACGCUCGGCCUGCGCCACCUGCAGGUGCUGCCGAGACACGUGCCGGGGCUGCAGCUGCUCGACGUGCGGGGCUGCUUCCGCGGCCAGGGCGUGCCGCCGCGAGUGCUGCGCCGCCUGCGCAGGGGACUGCCCUGCCUGCGUGUCCGCUGCGACCCCUACAGGCCCUCGUCGAGCGGCGCCCCCGACCCCGGCGCCCACGUCUUCCACGCCUCGCAGGUGGCCGACGACCUCUCCAGCACCGACCCCAGCUCCGACGAGGACGACGCCAAGGGCUGAACCGCUGGAGUGGCUGGAGUGGAGCCACGCGCCGUGAAUCUUACUGUGAUGUGGAUGAAGGAAGGGGGAGAAGGGGAGGGGAAGGGGAGGGGGGAUGCGACUGAUAGUGCUAAUGACUUCAUGGUGCCUAUGACGUCUACAAUUUGUGUGUAUUCCUUUCGGCUGAGCUGCAGCCACAGGGUAUGUGAAAUUGAAUGUCUUAAGUAACGAGUUGUAAUAAGAGAUGUGAUAAAACGUUUUAGAAA